UUCAUAAACACUAAUCAUUCAAGUCUUUGAUUCACUCUUUCAUAGAGCCAGCUUAAACCACCUUUGAAACUAUCUUUAGCUUUAGUUGGGAAACGAGGGAAACCUUUAUAACCCAAAGCAAGUGUUGGGUCCAAUAGCUGAAAUCAAAUAAACCGAAGCAAGAGGAUUGAAUAGGUGAAGACAAUGUCAAAGUUUGGAGCCUCUUUAUUGGUGCCUUCUCUCCAAGAGUUGGCAAAGGAACCAAUCACCAAAGUUCCAGAGCAAUAUAUUCGUCCAAAUCUAGACACUCAAACUGACACAACUUCUUUACCACAAGUCCCAAUCAUCGACCUCAGUAAAUUGGUGUCUGGAGAUCUAGAUGAGCUUGAGAGGCUAGACCAUGCAUGUAAGGAAUGGGGUUUCUUUCAGUUGAUUAAUCAUGGAGUCAACCCUUCAUUGGUGGAAAGUUUGAAGAGAAGUGUUCUAGAGUUCCUUAAUCUUCCAAUGGAAGAGAAGAAGCAGUUUUGGAAUACGCCAGAAGAUUUCGAGGGCUUUGGUCAUUAUUUGUUUGAUGAACAAAAGAUGGAUUGGAUAGACCCUUUCACUAUUUACACUCUUCCACUUCACAUAAGGAAUCCCCGCUUGUUUAAUAGUUUUCCCCAUCCAUUGAGGAUUAACAUGGAGAAUUAUUCUUUAGAAAUGGAAAAACUUUGCAUCACAAUUAUCAAACAUAUGACAAUAGCUUUAAAGAUUAAACAAAAUGAAGUGCUAGAGUUAUUUGAAAAUUUAUGUCAAGCAAUGAAGUGGAAUUACUAUCCUCCAUGUCCCCAACCAGAAAAUGUUAUUGGAUUGGAUUCUCACUCUGAUGUUGGUGGCCUUACCAUCAUUCUUCAAGCCAAUGAAACAGAAGGCCUCCAACUGAAAAAAGAUGGAAAGUGGAUACCUGUUAAACCCAUAUCUAAUGCUUUUGACAUUAUUCUUGGAGACACUUUAGAGAUCAUAACCAAUGGGAUUUAUCGAAGUGUAGAACAUCGAGCAGCAGUUAACUCAAAAAAAGAGAGAAUUUCUAUUGCCACCUUUCAUCGCUCUCAAAAUAACAAAGUAAUAGGCCCAACACCAAGCCUUGUUACUGCCGAAAGACCUGCAUCAUUCAAGCAAAUUGUUGCGGGGGAUUACUACAAAAUAUACUUUUCGCGCAAGCCACAAGAGAAGCAAUGCCUUGAUGUCAUGAGGAUCCAAAAUAUUCUUGAAUGAUAAAAUGCAUAUGUAACUUUUGUUAAAAAAGAGAGAGUAAAACUUAAGUAUAUGUGAUAAUAUAAUACAUUGUUGCUAAGUAAUAAACCAAUGUUCAAUGUUUCAAGUUCGUGAUAUGAUAGCCUGUGAGUUAUUAUGGGCAAACAAAUUUAUAAUGGGAAUAAAAAUGUAUGAAUUCAAAUUGUGAUUGCGAUUACAUGUGUCCAAUUCAUGUGAUGUAGUAUGUGAUUUCAAAAUUUCAUUAUAAAGAUCAUGUGUUGUCACAUUUAUUUCUUUGAACUCAAUCUUAUAAGUUUAUGCGUUUAUGCAAAUGUUAGAUUAGGGAAGUUAUG